UUUAAUUGUUCGUGAUUAUCUCAAUUCUCAUAGAUAACCCAAACAAAGAAGAAAAAGAAGUCUAGGAAAGAAACUUAUCGACGCUCGAUUAUCUGGAUUUUCACUUUGUUGGUUAAUGUAAUAUUUUCUGUUAAAGCUCUAAAGCAGAGAAACAGAGCUACAUUUUAGAAGUUUGAGUAUCCAAAAUUCCAAAUUGCAUUAACUUUUUUUAUUUCUCCACAUUGCUCCUAUGGAGAAGAUAAGAUCGGAUAAGUUAACUCUUGUAUUGGUUAAUAUAGCUGGUAUAAUGGAGAAAGCUGAUGAAGCUUUGUUACCUAAUGUUUAUACUGAAAUUGGCAAAGAUUUGCAUACUGAUCCAACUGGUCUUGGUUCUCUUACUCUUUUUAGAUCAUUAGUUCAAUGUCUUUGUUAUCCAUUAGCUGCGUAUCUUUCUACUCGUCGUAACAGAGCUCACGUCAUUGCUUUUGGUGCUUUUCUAUGGUCUGCUGCAACUUUCCUUGUUGCCAUCUCCACCUUCACUCAGAUAGCGAUUUCGAGAGGAUUGAAUGGAAUAGGACUUGCAAUAGUCACACCAGCAAUUCAAUCUUUAGUUGCUGAUUCAACUCAUGAAAGUAAACGUGGUACUGCUUUCGGAUGGUUAGAACUAACAUCAAGUUUUGGAUCGAUUGUUGGUGGGACUAUGUCUGUGCUGAUUGCUGAAACAUCAUUCAUGGGAAUCGCGGGCUGGAGAAUCUCCUUUCAUCUGGUUGGUAUUAUUAGUGUUCUUGUCGGUUUGCUAGUCAAUUUCUUUGCCAACGAUCCACGAUCUGUUGGAAGUAAGAAAAAUCAGCCUCAAGUAAAACCAUUUCAAGAAGAAAUUAGUGAACUGAUAAAAGAAGCGAAAGCAGUUACAAAAGUUCCAUCCUUUCAAAUACUUAUCGCUCAAGGGGUUUCCGGGAUGUUCCCCUGGUCAGCAUUGUCAUUUGCCACAAUGUGGUUGGAGCUUAUCGGAUUCUCUCACAAGACGACAGCACUUCUCAGUACUUUGUUUCAAGUUUCUCAGUCACUUGGCGCGUUGUUUGGAGGAUUCAUGGGGGAUGUAUUGGCUAAGCGUUCGCCUAAUUCUGGUAGGAUUAUACUCUCUCAGAUUAGCACUGGAUCAGCAAUACCUUUAGCUGCAAUUUUGCUGCUGCUAUUGCCUAAUGAUCCUAAAACAGCUACGUUGCACGGUAUAGUCUUGGUCAUCACGGGAUCAAUCAUAUCAUGGUGUGGUCCAGCGACAAACAAUCCAAUAUUUGCUGAGAUAGUUCCUGAGAGAGCUCGAACAAGCAUAUAUGCUCUGGAUCGAUCUUUUGAGACCAUAAUAUCGUCUUUUGCUCCAUUGGUGGUUGGUUUGUUAGCUCAACAAGUUUUUGGUUAUAAGCCAAUCGCGGAGGGAUCAACAGGCUCACAAGAGAUUGAAACAGAUAGACAAAAUGCUGCAUCACUUGCUAAGGCAUUGUACACUGCAAUAGGCAUUCCAACGGUCAUCUGUUGCAUAAUCUAUUCCUUCCUAUAUUGCACAUAUCCACAAGAUAGGGAUCGAGUCCGGUUGCAGAUGAUUGAAGAAACAGACAACUCUCCAUCCGAAGAACAACAGCCCUUACUCGAGCACGAUGAGGGCAAAAUUCAUUCAGCAAUGUAGUUAGUAACAAACGUACUUCUUGAUAUGUUGUUUGUAUUAUUAAAAUCGAAACAGAGAAUAAAGGGAAAGUAACAAAAGUAAACAUGAAUUUCAAGUGGA